AUGGCAUCCGGAUACCACUCGAUAGAGCUUGAUAGAGAUGAGUCUCAAUUCCAGGAAGCUCUAAUGUUUGAAGGCAUUCCAAGCCAAGCACUUGCUCUCCACGAUCCCUCCGAACCCAGUUCUAAUCAUCGCCGGCCGCUUCCGUCGGGGUCGCAGGAUACUGUUCAACAGCCUCUUCUUCACGAACAACCACCCCCUCAUCAUCAAUCAAGUGGCCUUGGUCCAGACUCCGAAAACUUUGGAUAUGGCCAUACAGAAAAUAAAGCAACACAUAACUACAUGCCUACUCAGUCAGCCACCAGCUUCAAUCACGCCUCAGACCUGAAAUACAAUCAUCUUGAAGCACAUAGAGUGCCAAAGCAAAUCACACGUACCAGUUUGGCACGCUACUUCAACGGGUGGCUUGUUCAUAUACCAGCUGUCCUGCUGACAGCCAUCACCAUAUGGGUUAGCACGAAAAGAUGGUUCUGGUAUCCUGAGGAAGGUCUGGGCAGAGGUAUUACUGCCGAAGUUAUCGGAAACAUUCUCCAGUUUGUGGCAAAGAUACACGAGCUUCUCAUCGUUGCGUCACUUUCUUCCAUUGCUAUUGCAAUGUUCCGGCGGCAGCUAGUUGGCGAUGGCUUACGGCUGGGGCUUCUGACCGGUGGGUACAGGGUCGGCGAUAUCGGAUACCUCAUGUCGUCUCCCUUUCGCUGCCAAGGACUAAAUGGCACGAUGCCAUGGGACAUUUUCCUGGUCGUUUACAUCGUCUUCGCUACACUUCUAUCCACAGUUGUGGGUCCCGCAUCAGCUGUGCUCAUAGUCCCAACGUCGGGCUGGUUUUCACUCAAGCAUCCAAAGGCUUUUAGCGAUCUUCCAAUGCCUCUCAUAUACUGGGCGAGUAGCAACGAAGCCUGGCCACAGCAUUUAAAGGACGGGAGAUUGAUUGGUAACGAAAUACUGGAAAAUAAUAAAUGUAAAACCACCGAGGGGUUAUACAUUUCUGAGUGCCCCACUGGAGGUUACUCGGAAAUCUGGAACUGGGCUGCUAGCCAUGGUUCGACAUCCCUGGAGAACGUCUUGACCUUCAAUCAUCCGUCCACAGAAUUGCGCCGGCAUCUAGUGUUCACCCAAGCACUCAACGCAACAAUACUUCUCACUACACCAUCACAUUUCCUGUUGAAGAGCCUCGGCCUCUUCCAGAAGUAUAUCACUAGCAAUCAUGUGGGCACUGUAUCCAACGGCGCUCGCCACGAGUUCACAGCGAAGAGGAAAAGUCCCGAUAACAAUCUAUCGCAGCUUCCCAUUUAUCAGCCUUUUGUUCAAUCAAGAUGUAGGAUUUACAACAAAGAGGAGGUUCGGAGGAACAACAACGUAUUAUACUAUCCGACUGAAGAACUCAACUGCCUUGGCGACGAAAAAUGCGAAAAGCUCAAGAAGGAUCCACCAACAACUGAACUGGCAUUGGAAAGUGACGACAACAAAACGACCAGUAUGGCUAGUUCUUACUUUGUGAAGAUAGAUAACAGCCCUAUUGUUCUUACCUACGGACUUGUCGCCAGUUUACCAGAACAUCGAGAGGAGGACAUGAUAUACGCCUGCAGCAUGUUUGCUAGGUGGGUUUCUUCUGGCUAUUCUAUCGACGCAAAGGUCAGCGACGUCUUGAGAUCCACCCUAAACGACAAGGAGCGGAUGAAAGAUGUCUUCCAAAGCCGGACUCCUUACAAUGGGGACAUAAUGCCUUGUCGUUUCAACAACGAAUGGCUCAAAUACCUUGACAUCAGUUUUGACAAUGCCGUCAACAACACUAUGGGCCAAAGCACCAAUAGCCCGACAUCGUCAUUGCUUCAACUCGCCGACCUCUUCCAAGGAGGCGACGAUGCAACAGAUAAAUCUAUUACCAGCCGUAAUCAUAACGAAGCAGAAGUGAUUCUAGCUAAAGUGUUUGGGGCUCAUCUCACGGACGGGUUAUCUCGUACCGGGCCCCAACGGAGCACCAUUCUCAAACGCAGCGUAACAAAAGAUCGGCUAGAGUUAUUCGAGCUAGACACCCAAUACGGCUACUACAAGGGUUCCUUAACGAUAAAAGCAAAAAACAAUACUCAUUCACAGUGGACACGUGGCGAUGAGAUGGGAGUUGAGUCGUGGCCGUUGUCUUUAGAAGGGGUAACCCAAGCAAUGAAUGAGACUCUCAUCCAGUUGGACUUUGAUACUAGGCGAUAUGGAUAUGGCACCGGCCGGCCUCGAAAGACCUUGACUUUUGCGCUGGUUAUCAUGUAUACCUACCUCGGCAUAGCGACUCUCUACGCCCUAUCAGUGGGCUCUGCCCAUGUUUUAGAGCUGAUGGAAAGAGGUCGAAAAUUCCGGGUGCCGAGCAUAGUUCCUUGGGCCGAUCUGCAGGACUUGUUGAUCCUCGCGCUGAAGACGCCACCUCCCAGGGAUGCCGACCUGGCGGAUGCAGGAGCAGGAGUUUCUUCUAAGCGAGCGUGGAGAACACUUGUCAGGGCAAGAGCCGAUUCGCAGCAGAAUGUACAGCUAGUCCUGGAUGAUGAAACGACGACAAAAAAGCUGGACCUGACUGGGACGGAGAAGUACUACUAG